UGGAAAAACACAAAAACGGGAAAAAUGAUGUCCCAAAUCUCAAACCCACCACUGAUUUCCACAAUUAUUUGUCUUACUAUUCCUCCUUUCCUAUUAUCCACACAAAUUUCCACUUCCACACAUAUUUCCCUCUUCCCAUCUUUUGUCAAACACAUACAUAUACAUUCACACGCAUAUAUUUCUUCUAUUAUUUGGAUUUUUUAAAAGAUUGUUAAAAAUCUCAGAUGGUUCUUCAUCCAUUAUACAUACUGAUUCAUUAGUACAGGGAGUGUAGUAGAUACACACAAAUCUGUUCAACUGGUAUGGCAAUAUGUUUUCGUUAUUGUCCAUGCCAUUUGGAAAUGGGUCGUACAGUUGCAGCCACUGGAACCCAUCUUCACUAUUGCCAGCUCAAUUAUGCAAAGGCGAUUUCUGGGCCUGGGUUUGGACUUGGAUUAUCGUUCGGAUAUCGUCGUGUCAAGUUUGUUGUCAGUGCUGAACUAUCCAAUGCUUUCUCCGUCAACAUUGGCUUGGAUUCUCAGGCCGGUGAUACUUCACAGUUGCCCCGAAUGGGUCCACUACCUGGGGACAUUGCAGAGAUAGAGGCUUACUGUAGAAUCUUUCGGGCUGCUGAACAACUUCAUAAUUCAUUAAUGGACACCCUAUGCAAUCCACUGACUGGAGAAUGUAAUGUCUCAUAUGAUGUACCCUCAGACGAUAAACAAAUACUUGAAGAUAAACUAGUUUCUGUUCUAGGAUGCAUGGUAUGUCUUUUAAAUAAAGGAAGGGAGGAAGUCCUUUCUGGGAGAUCCUCGAUUACAGACUCUUUCCGUGAUGUUGAUGGGCAUGUGACGGAUGAUGAGCUUCCUCCACUUGCAAUUUUCAGAGGUGAAAUGAAGAGGUACUGUGAGAGCUUACAUGUUGCUCUUGAAAACUAUUUGACACCUGAUGAUCCUCGCAGCAUUAUUGUGUGGCAAAAACUGCAAAGACUGAAGAAUGUAUGUUAUGAUGCCGGAUUUCCUCGUGGUGAAAAGAACCCCAGCCAUAUACUCUUUGCUAACUUUAGUCCUGUUUAUUUGUCAACAUCAAAAGAAGAGACACAGUCUGCAACUUCUGAGGUUGCUUUCUGGAGAGGUGGUCAGGUAACUGACGAAGGUCUUAGAUGGCUGUUGGAGAGAGGGUUCAAAACCAUUGUAGAUCUCAGAGCCGAGACUGUAAAAGACAUCUUCUAUGAGAAAGUGCUAGAUGAAGCCAUUUCGUCAGGGGAAAUUGAAUUAAUUAAACUACCUGUUGAAGUUGGUAUAUCGCCUUCAGUGGAGCAGGUCGAAAAGUUUGCAGCAUUGGUCGCUGAUUUAAACAAAAAGCCCUUAUAUCUCCACAGUAGAGAAGGAAUUAAGAGGACGUCAGCUAUGGUCUCUAGAUGGCGGCAAUACAUUACUCGCUAUACACCACAGCUUGUAGCCAGUACAUAUAAGACAGCAGACUCAACUGAGAACUCAUCACGUGAUGCUAGAGGAACUGAAGAAACAUUUAUGUCGCCAAGGUCAGAAGAAGGUACAAGCUUUAAUGAGGAAGUCAGCUCUGCAUCUGAUAAUCAAGAUGGGUCACUGCCUAAAAGAUCAGAUGACAUAAAUUCUGCUGUGAAAGAAAUCAAGCACAUUUCUGAAACUACGGGCCUAGGCAAGACUGAAGGCGACGAAGUUGUUUCAUCCAAAAGGAAAAGCACAGUGCUAGAAUCUGACAGUGAAGUAGCAUCCUACACUAAUGUGAACCCACUCAAGUCUCAGCUGCCUCCCUCUAAUGUCUUCUCCAGAAAAGAGAUGUCCACGUAUUUCAGAAGUAGGAUGGUUUCACCUGCAACAUAUUUUACUCAUGAAAGGAAAAGAUUGGAGGUGCUUUCUGCUUCAAUAUAUAGCUACAAGGGAGUGUCUAAGGGAAAUGAAACUACAAGCAUAUACAGUGAGAAUGGAGUGAUGGAAUCACAAAAUUUAAAUGGUUCGUCUUUCAAUAAGCACUUAACUACUAACCCUUCAACUUCCUCGUCGAAUACAGAGAUGUAUGCUGGUCAUAGUGACUCUGCGACUCCAGUCUUGAAUGGAAUCGGCAAUGGGGAAGUACAAACCUCAAUAAAAAACGUUGGAAUUGUUGAUGCAAGAGAUGAGUUAGAAUGUAAUGCUGAGUCUAGAGUCACUAAAGGGGAGAGGAGGAAUAUUGAGGUCUCCACACCUUCGCUGGAAGAUAACUUGGAGCAGAUUGAAGGAAAUAUGUGUGCUUCUGCCACUGGUGUUGUAAGAGUGCAGUCAAGAAGGAAGGCAGAGAUGUUCUUGGUUCGUACAGAUGGGUAUUCGUGUACCAGAGAAAAAGUAACAGAAUCUUCCUUGGCCUUCACUCAUCCUAGCACCCAGCAGCAGAUGCUUUUGUGGAAAUCCACACCAAAGACUGUACUGCUGUUGAAGAAGCUGGGCUACGAACUCAUGGAAGAAGCUAAAGAGGUUGCUUUGUUCUUGUAUUCCCAAGAGAAGAUGACUGUUCUUGUUGAACCUGAGGUGCAUGAUAUUUUUGCACGAAUCCCAGGCUUUGGGUUUGUUCAGACCUUCUAUAGUCAAGAUACCAGUGAUCUUCACGAGAGGGUUGACUUUGUUACCUGUUUGGGAGGAGAUGGUGUGAUACUCCAUGCGUCAAAUAUAUUUCGAGGUGCUGUCCCACCUGUCAUCUCAUUUAACCUAGGAUCCCUUGGAUUUCUCACUUCCCAUCCAUUUGAAGAUUAUAAGAAGGAUCUUAGACAAGUCAUCCAUGGAAACAACACUCUAGAUGGUGUGUAUAUAACUCUAAGAAUGCGUCUCCGAUGCGAAAUAUUCCGAAGCGGGAAAGCAAUGCCUGGAAAGGUGUUUGACGUCCUAAAUGAAAUUGUAGUUGAUCGUGGUUCUAAUCCAUACCUGUCCAAAAUAGAGUGUUAUGAACAUGACCGCCUCAUUACCAAGGUGCAAGGUGAUGGGGUCAUUGUGGCCACUCCAACUGGAAGUACCGCUUACUCGACAGCUGCUGGGGGUUCCAUGGUGCAUCCCAAUGUUCCAUGCAUGCUCUUUACACCAAUCUGUCCACAUUCUCUCUCGUUUAGGCCUGUCAUACUUCCAGAUUCUGCAAGACUAGAACUAAAGAUUCCAGAGGAUGCACGUAGCAAUGCUUGGGUCUCCUUUGAUGGGAAGAGAAGGCAACAACUCUCUAGAGGAGAUUCUGUUUGCAUAUAUAUGAGUCAGCAUCCACUACCUACAGUUAACAAGUCUGAUCAGACAGGUGAUUGGUUUCGUAGCUUGAUUCGUUGUCUAAAUUGGAACGAACGAUUAGACCAGAAAGCACUCUGAAGCUAUUGACAUUUAGUCCUCUCAUUCAUGUAAAUUACUGUACAGUCAUAUAAGUAAGAGCAAAAGAAUUACAAUAGUAAGAGUCUAUAUGGUUAUAUCUACUGUCUGGCUCUGAUAUUCAGUCAGGUUUUACCCUCUUAUUCAGCUAUCUUGUUAAUUUUAUUUUUCAAAGUAAGAAAUUUGUACAUCACUAUUUUCACAUGGUUAAUUACAAAGUUCCACUCUUUACACAU